GUACCAAGAGUGAAGCAAUGUGGGAUCUCUCUCCUACCCUCUCUUUACCUCCCUCCUAGGCAGGUACCAAGAGUGAAGCAAUGUGGGAUCUCUCUCCCAUCCUCUCUUUACCUCCCUCCUAGCAAGGUUUUUGAGAAAUUGUACGGACCCUAUCAUUUGAAAGAGGUCUUUGAUGCUCGACAUUAUUGUGAUGACCCAAUAAUUGAUAUCGAAAGAGGGGGAGAAAGGGUGAAAGAUCCGCCCCUAGUUCCUAUUGACAUGAAUUCACUUUUGGAUGUUAUGGCAACAGA